CAACUGUGUUCCCUGGGAAUUUGGAAGCUUAAGUUCUCCUUGCUACAGUAUUCUCUUCUAGACCUGGGAAUAUGAAGUACAUAGUAUUGUGGGGGGUGAUGCUGCUGACAGUGGAUACAACUGAUUUUAUUCUUAUACAUUGUAGAGGCCCAGGGGUGGCCCUUGAUCUUCAGUGGCAUUCACUGUGGAGUUUGGUGUCUUAACAACCCCUUUUCUCCAGGAGUUUCCCUGAAUCUGAUCACUACAAAUAGUAACCACCACAUGUUAGGGUUAUGAAGGAUCAGAUGCAGAUCAAUAUGUAAACAGUCUUGUGUACAUUGAGUUUUUCUUCUUCUAGUCUAGCCUAAAGGGUAAGGGGAAAGUAGAGUCAAAAAUUAGUUUCUUUUAGAUGUUAUUGCCAGUGGGCUUUUCACAGAUACUUGUUAUCUACAAGAGAUCAGGUAAUGGAGGCCUUACUGAAAGAGUAUUUACUUAGUUUCAAUGUAUCCAAGUUGGUAACUUCUUCUGGUGGAGGAAAUAGACAUAUUUUAAACAAUCUUGUUUUUGAGGUUUUUUUUUACUUUUAGGUCCCUAAUAAAGGGUGAUUUGGCAGAAGAAACAGAUUGUAUGUGACUGGUAGUCAGGAACUGUAUUCUGCUUCUAAUUAAGGAUGACCAUGGGUACCUUCCAAGAUCUACUCUGGUCAGAUGAGAGGGGAGGAGCUUUACUUACUAGCCCUAGUGGACCAGGCUAUCAUAUUAUGUUGCCUUUUAUUACCACCUACAGAUCUGUUCAGACAACACUACAAACUGAUGAAGUUAAAAAUGUGCCCUGUGGAACAAGAUCAGAUAGAUGAAAACUUGAAGCAGGCCCUACAGAAAGACCUGAAUGUCAUGGCCCCUGGACUCACUAUACAGGCUGUGCGUGUUACAAAACCCAAAAUCCCAGAAGCCAUAAGAAGAAAUUUUGAGCUAAUGGAAGCUGAGAAGACCAAACUUCUUAUAGCUGCACAGAAGCAAAAGGUGGUGGAGAAAGAAGCAGAAACAGAGAGGAAAAAGGCUAUUAUAGAAGCAGAGAAAACUGCACAGGUAGCAAAAAUCCGGUUUCAGCAGAAGGUAAUGGAGAAAGAAACUGAGAAGCGCAUUUCUGAAAUUGAAGAUGCUGCAUUCCUGGCCCGAGAGAAGGCAAGAGCAGAUGCUGAAUACUACACUGCACAUAAACAUGCCACUUCAAACAAGCUCAAACUAACCCCGGAGUAUCUAGAGCUUAAAAAGUACCAGGCCAUUGCUGCAAACAGUAAGAUCUACUUUGGCAGCAGCAUACCUAGCAUAUUCAUGGACUCCUCCUCUUGUGCUUUCAAGUACCCAGAUGCCAGGACUGGGAGAGAAAUCUCUCUACUCUCUAAGGAGGCCCCAGAGCCCUCUGAGAAAAGCCCCAUUGGAAACAAAGCAAGCACAGGUUGAUGCAAGAGCUGGAAAAACUCGUCUGUACCAAGAUAUGGCAGUCGGGAGGGUGGGUGGGUGGGGGCAAUAAUAGGGACAAGGGUUACAAUGACUGCAAAUUAAUUCACAGAAGUACUGCUCAGUCUACUCUGCUCUCCUGGGAAAGGCCUGGUUUAUCCACUGGCUGCAGGACACAGACACAGUUCCUUGGCAGUCAGGUGGUUUUCUUCGACCACAGUUCUUUCAAGCUCCCUCCGUGUGUUCCUUUAUAAGCUAGGUUCUUGUGAAAAAGGAAAAGACUAAUGCUAAGACACUGCCUGCACUGGAAUGUUAAACACAAAAAUUUGUAUGAGUUAUUGCUUUUCUAAAGGGCAAUCUGCAAAUGUUUACAUCAGACCCUGGGGAAAAUGUUUCCAGGCCAAAGGGACCCAGGUGUAUGGCAAGGACAUAAAGAAAAAACUUUACAAACCACUGGGUCCCAAUGCUCAUUAUUUUCCCCUUUGGGGUCCAGACCCAGAAUUCACAGAAGCGAUUGCCAUCUAGUCCUUUGAGGUUCUUUGGGAAAGGACCUUCUAAGUGAGUGGAUUCUAUUGUCCAACAGCAAAGUUUGUGGCCAGUUGGUCCGUAGACCUUGCCAUCUCACCAGAAACUCCAGAAGAUUUGCUGCCACAUCUUAAGUGUGUGGAAAUUGCACAUAAAUGGGGAGAUUCAACAGCAACCGACUCAGGGACAGGUACUCCUGAUUCUGAGGUCAUUAAAGUAAUCCUCUCCUCUAUGGCCCGAAGCCCUGCUGUGCCUGAUCUCCCUUCAUUUGGGUAGUUGUUGGGCUAUAUUUCUCCUCAGUAGUGAGCUGUCCGAAGACUGACUUGGGUGCUGCUUGUUCUCAGCUCAGCAGCUGCCUGAGAAAGGAGUAGGGCUUUGCUACCCACCAUAUACUUUUAGCCUGAAUGAAAGAAGUUUUGUUCUUAAAACUGGAUUUGGGGGCAUCGGCAUCCCCCAGCACUCUGCCUAUUUCUGAGGCUGAACCCUAUGGCUGCCCUGCUAACUGUAGCACAAUAGUUCUUGCUACUCUUCAUCAGAAACCCAAAUGUAGUAAGAAAUGUUGGUAGUGCACUUUGACAUCGCUUUUUUUUCUAUGUCCUCCUCCCUGGCUAGUUGGUAACUGCCUGGUCUUGGGAGGCUAAAGUGGUCAGCUUGUUUAUUCUUCUCAGACUGUCACUGGGAGGCCGUCAUCCCUUCCAGUGGUGCCUGAAAAGGAAGAAGAGUCCCUUUGGGGUAGUGCCACAGAGAGAAAGGUUCUGAAUUGACAUAUGUCCUAUUGGUCUGGGAGACGUGACCUGGACCUCUUGUAACCCUGAAGUUGAAUCUCCCAAAAGCAACAGUAAAUGAGUGUGCAGCUGAUGAAGAUCUUUCGUUGGACAAGGAAGCCAGACAAGAAAAUUUGUCUAUUCUUGUAGGUGGUGAUAAGAGAUGCUCCAACUUAGUAUCCAUUGUGCCAAGAAGGUAAAGCCCAAACCUGAUAUAGAACAUCUGUCCUAAGGUCUGUUUCCUGGGCUGUGUACUGUGGUGGCAUUGUAAUUGGAAAUUGGCUUUUAUUCUUUGAUUAUAAAUUCAAUUUUCAAUUCAAUUUUGCAUCCUCUAUGCUUCCUAUACCUGUAAAAUUUCUUGGUAAACUGAUCAAAAUAAACAUGGCAAUCCACAUGGCUUUAUUGUUGUUGCUGAUUGAAGUAUCUGUUGUGGAAAAAUUUGUGUCCUUGACUCUUUAUACUCUUAGUUCCAGAGAUUCUCCUCCAUCUAAUAAGCUGUAGAUUUAAAAAUCACCCUAAGGUGAUAUUGAUGGGUUUGCAUUUGCUCACACUACACCUGUCAGGUCUUAGAAAUGGGAUGCCAUUGUGGAGGAAAUAUUUUUUCAAAUUUUGAAGAAAGUACUUCCGCUUAAAUUCCCCAGGAAGCUUGUUUCCCAGUGCUCACUCAGUGGGCUUUUGAUUCUGUCCCUUCUUUGGGGAUGUGCCUUUUGGUAAAUAUAUGCUGUAAUCUUGAAGUCGAAAUUUAUAUGCAAAAUGUUACUUUUUGAAAAAAAUUUAAAUAAAAUGAUUUUACUAUCA